UACCAGCUUCAGGCUCGGCUUUGAAGCGAAGCUGGCGCCAGUGUUUCUGUGUGCUGUGCUGCGAGUGCUGUUGCGGGGAGCUGAGCAGGAAGCUUGGGCAAACUGGAAAACCACAACAUGAAUACAGUGACCUAUGAUGAUGUGCGUAUUGACUUCACUUGGGAAGAGUGGACCUUGCUGGAUCCUUCCCAGAAGAAUCUCUACAAAGAUGUGAUGCUGGAGACCUACAGGAACCUCACUGCUGUAGGAUACAUUUGGGAAGACCAUAAUAUUGAAGAACAUUGUCAAAGUUCUAGAAGACAUGAAAGGCAAGAAAGAAAUCAAACCGGAGAGAUGCCUUCUGUAUAUACUCAGUGUGAUAAUGCCUUUGCAUAUCCCAGUACUAUUCAGUUGCAUGAAAGAACAAAUACUAGUGAGAAUCCUUAUGAAUGCAAUCCAUGUGUUAAAGCCUUUGAAUAUCACAGUCAUCUUCAAAAGCGUGAAAGAGCACAUACUGGACAGAAACCCUAUGAAUGUAAUCAGUGUGAUAAAGCCUUUGCACAACACAGUCAUCUUCAAAGACAUAAAAGAACCCAUACUGGAGAGAAACCCUAUGUAUGUAAUCAGUGUGGUAAAGCCUUUGUGUGCCGUAGUGCUCUUCAAGUGCAUAAAAGAACACAUAGUGGAGAGAAACCUUAUGAAUGUGCUCAGUGUGGUAAAGCCUUUUUAUGUCAUAGUCAUCUUCAAAUGCAUAAAAGAACACACACUGGAGAGAAACCCUAUGAAUGCAAUCAAUGUGGUAAAGCUUUUGCACGAUAUAGUCAUCUUCAAAGGCAUAAAAGAACACACACUGGAGAGAAACCCUAUGAAUGCAAUCAGUGUAGUAAAACCUUUGCAGAUAAUACUGGUCUCCGAAUACAUUCAAUAACGCAUACUGGAGAGAAACCCCAUGAGUGUAAUCAGUGUGAUAAGGCGUUUGCAUAUUACAGUCAUCUUCAAUUACACAAAAGACUACAUACUGGAGAGAAACCCUAUGUGUGUAAUCAAUGUGGUAAAGCCUUUGUAUUUCAAAGUACUCUUCAGGUGCAUAAAAGAACACAUACUGGAGAGAAACCCUACAAAUGUACUCAGUGUGGUAAAGCCUUUGCAUGGCCAAAAAGUCUUCAAAUGCACAAAAGAACACACACUGGAGAGAAACCCUAUGAAUGCACUCAAUGUGGUAAAGCCUUUGCACAACACAGUAAUCUUCAAGGGCAUGAAAGAACACAUACUGGAGAGAAACUCUAUGAAUGUAAGCAAUGUGGUAAAACCUUUGCACAUUACAGUCGUCUUCAAAGGCAUGAAAGAACACACACUGGAGAGAAGCCCUAUGAAUGUAAUCAGUGUGGUAAAGCCUUUGCACAACACAGUCAUCUUCAAAGCCACAAAAGAAUCCAUACUGGGGAGAAGCCGUAUGAAUGUAAUCAGUGUGGUAAAGCCUUGGCAGAUCACAAUAGUCUCCGAAUACAUGAAAGAACCCAUACUGGAGAGAAACCCUAUGUAUGUAAUCAAUGUGGUAAAGCCUUUGUAUGUCAUAGUACUCUUCAAGUGCAUAAAAGAACACAUAGUGGAGAAAAACCUUAUGAAUGUGCUCAGUGUGGUAAAGCCUUUGUAUGUCAUAGUCAUCUUCAAGUGCAUAAAAGAACACACACUGGAGAGAAACCCUAUGAAUGCACUCAAUGUGGUAAAGCCUUUGCACGACUCAGUCAUCUUCAAAGGCAUAAAAGAACACAUACUGGAGAGAAACCUUAUGAAUGUAAUCAAUGUGGUAAAGCCUAUGCAGAUCACAAUAGUCUCCGAAUACAUGAAAGAACCCAUACUGGAGAGAAACCGUAUGAAUGUAAUCAGUGUGGUGAAGCCUUUGUACGUCCCAGUCAUUUUCAAAGACAUAAAAGAACACAUACUUGAUAAGGUUUAUGAGUGUAAUCGUUGUGGUAAAUCCUUUUUAUGUCACUAUGCUCUUCAACUGCAUAAAAGUACACA